AUGUCAGAAAUUAAUUUAAAUCAAAAGACCACAUCUAAAAGCGAUGAGUUUGAAAAUUUUAGAGUUCAGCUUGGUCAAAUUUUCCUGUCUUACGAAACUCACCAGGAUGAUGCCCUUUUGAACGGCUUUUUAUCGUUCGUGCAUUCCAAAGUUGAGAAAAGAGUUUUCGGCUGCCUGGAAGCAGCCCAGAAUGAGACCAAUAAACAGCAUGCAGAGUUGCAGCGGACAGCAGACGAAGUGCUGGAUGCGUUGUGGUUGAGUGUGCAUUACGCGGUUUUCAAAAAAUUUCAGCAUUGGAUGCUGUUUAUGAUUUCAGCUUCAGAAUCAAAUCCGAAAAGCGGCAGAUCGGUUCAAAAUAGGAAGCUUGAAGCCAAGAUGACUAAGUAUUACAAGUCUGUGCAUAAAUUUUACUACGCGCUACUAGAGAAAACUUUAGCGGAGUACGAUGUUACUUGCAUCGUGCCAGCCAGGUUUUUGAAACUGCUCAAUGUACCGUCCGCACAGAAAGAGGGCCGAAUAAUUUUGAAUGUGAACGAUCCUCGUUCCAUAGCGAUUACGCUCGUGAUUCAUCGGUGUUUGCUGUAUAUUGGGUCGAGCAGUCGUUACAAGACAUUGUGUGAAAGGGGGAAAGGUCCUUACGGUGCAGGAAGCUUCAAGAAAGCAUUACGUUACUAUGACCUAGCUCUUCUCUUGUUACCUUCUGUCGGCGAAACACAUUUGCAAAAGGGAUUGAUAUAUGUUCAAACCAAGAAUUACGGUUUUGCUUGUUACUCGUUCUCAAGAAGCGCUUCUUCGAGGAUCUUUGCGCCCAGCGGUUUGCUAAACCUGCUGAACUGUAUCGCAAAUCCUAAAAGCAGAACUUUUCAACAAAUUUUGGCGCAAUUUAGAGGGUUAAGGGAAGUGGAACGCAACCGCAAGCUCCAGUGUCAUCGUGAGAUAAUCGAGACCUAUUUCCUCGUCCUAUUUGGUGCGAUGUUCUCGCCCCAAACAUGGCUUAUGGGUAAAAGUAACAGGAUAAUUGGCGAUGCUUCAGUUGACGACGUGAAGAGAAUUUUGAGAGAGAGGAUUUUACUGAAAUACAAUCAAAAUAUGAACAUCAUACUUCAAAAUUGCAUUAUGCUAAUUACAGGAUUUGAUUUGUUGAAAAGCAAGGCUAUGGAACAUUUGAGGUCGCCGGAAAGUGAGUCCCGCUACCUUUGCAUGGCGUUUGAUCACCUAAUCUUCUUGCUGAACAAUAUAGUUGCGAAAGAAUGGGCUCAAAAUAAUGAUGGUCAAUAUUUGGCGCUCCUUCGUAUCGUCAUGGCCUGGGUCAAGUGCGACAAAAAUGUGCUCAAAUAUGCUCACCGUCGAGAAGACUUCUGCACCUCAAUCUCUAAGAUCAUGAACCAAAUUUCCACAUCAUCUCAAGUCAAAUUGUUUGAGAUGGAACACAGGCCGCAACGCAAUUACUACUUUGACGAGGACGUUUCGCUGCGAGAAGUGAAAACAUUUAGGCAUGCUUUGACGGAUUUCCAAGAUGAGAACAUAUUUAAAGAACCGGACGCCGCUCUGCGUGUUGCAGGCCUGUACGAUAAGAAAUACAGUGUCGAGGAAGAAAACGACUUGAGAAGGCAAGCUAUUGUUGUUUCCUUAAAGAAGUUUUUGAGCAAAAACUCCAGUCUUUCCGCGAAGAAGAACGUCGUGUCUGGAAAUCAUAUCGCGAAACCUCACAGUUUUGUUAAAAAAGUGGUUGGGGUGGAGCAGACACGCUUCGAAAUCAACAACCGCCCAACGGUUGAACAUGAGGAGUUGGAAGUUCUUCAAACUACAGAGUUCAAAAGUGAUCCGGGUUUUGCGGGAUGGGGUUACAGCGGUUCUUCGGUACCAGCUGCCCCAAGUGGAUUUAAAGUCAGACCCAGUAAUUCACUUGUUUCUGGCGGCAAAGAGCAAAGCGCCAAGAUUUUGAAAAGUGCAACAAGCAGCGAGUCUGUCGGCGGACUGCGGCAGCCACAGGCUUCCACCUCGGCGGUCAUAGCAGCACCACACCCCAAUAAUAUGAUAUCUCCUUAUAUGUCACAUCCAAACAUUGCUUCUGUGAACUUACCACCAGUUGUUUAUCCACCAUACUGGCAACAGCAAUACCAACCGCCGAUGCAUGACGCCUUUUACCGCGGAAUGCCCUCCGGCCUUCCCCUAAACAUGAACACCUUUCCACCUGUCGCUCCAACACCUGACUCGAGGCAUCCAGCACACCCGGCUAUGUAUCCGACAAUUCAAGGUUCCUCCUAUGUCAACAAUUUUGCUCACACACCCUACUGA